UCAACGGUCCUCCUCUCCGGUGGUCCUGCGGUUUUCGGAGUCAGCAUCAGUCACUCUCCCACCUACAGCACAGGACUACGCUCAGCCCGACAGAGGAACAUGUUGCUGCAGAAACUGUUUGUUUGGACCCUGUCAGUCCUGUGUGGCACCGAUGUGUGUUUUGGAUUUGUCUACGACCGGCCCAGACGCUCAGGAGAGGACGGGACUUCAGCCAGGACAGAGUCUCGCUCUGCGUCUCAGUACGUACCGACCUCCGGCUCCUGCAGGAACAGGUGUUUCGAACUGGUUGAGUUGGAGCCACCAAACUGUCGCUGUGACAACCUGUGUAAGACCUACCACAGCUGCUGCUCGGACUUUGACCAGCUCUGCCUCAGGACAGAGGGGGGCUAUGAGUGCAGUAAGGACCGAUGUGGGGAGACUCGGAAUGAACAGCAUGCCUGCCACUGCUCUGAUGACUGUCUGGCCAGAGGAGACUGUUGUACCAACUACAGGACACUCUGUAAAGGUGACAGUUCAUGGCUGCAGGAUGAGUGUGAGGAGAUCAAGACCCCUGAAUGUCCAGCUGGGUUUGUGCGUCCACCGCUCAUCAUUCUGUCAGUGGAUGGAUUUCGAGCCUCUUAUGUGAAGAGAGGAAACACUGUCAUACCCAACAUCGACAAACUCAGAACGUGUGGAACACAUGCUCCAUACAUGAGACCUGUUUAUCCCUCCAAGACGUUUCCCAACCUCUACUCACUGGCUACGGGUCUCUAUCCAGAGUCUCAUGGUAUCGUUGGUAACUCCAUGUACGACCCUGUGUUUGAGGCCACCUUCACCCUGAGAAGCCGAGAGAAACUCAAUCAUCGCUGGUGGGGAGGACAGCCAGUCUGGAUCACAGCACUCAAACAGGGACUUAAGGCUGCCACCUUCUUCUGGCCCAUUGCCAUCCCAUUAGAGAGGAGGAUACUGACCAUGCUGCAGUGGCUGCACCUCCCUGAAGGAGAGAGGCCCUAUGUUUACGCCAUGCACUCUGAACAACCUGACACAUACGGACACAAAAUGGGGCCCAUGAGCACGGAACUGAACAACCCUCUAAGAGUUAUUGACAGAAUUGUUGGUCAGCUGAUGGAUGGACUGAAGCAGAUGAAACUGCACCGCUGUGUCAACAUCAUCCUGGUGGGGGAUCACGGUAUGGAAGAGGCCCACUGUGAUCGCACUGAGUUCCUCAGCAACUACAUGACCAGUGUUGAUGACAUCAUCCUCAUCCCCGGGUCCCUCGGCAGAAUACGCUCCAGAUACCCCAACAACCCUAAAUAUGACCCCAAAGCUGUUGUUGCAAAUCUAACAUGUAAGAAAACAGACCAGCAUUUUAAGCCGUACUUGAAGCAGCACCUGCCUAAGAGACUGCACUACGCUAACAACCGACGCAUUGAAGACAUUCAUCUGCUGGUGGAGAGGAAGUGGCACGUUGCCAGGAAAGUUCCUGAAGGGAGGAGGCCCUGUGGCUUCUCUGGGGACCAUGGUUAUGACAAUAAGAUCACCAGCAUGCAGACCAUUUUCUUGGGCUAUGGACCGAUGUUUAAAUUCAAGACUAAAGUUCCAGCCUUUGAAAACAUUGAGCUUUAUAAUGUCAUGUGUGAUCUUCUGGGUCUGAAGCCAGCCCCUAAUAAUGGAACCCACGGCAGUCUGAACCACCUGCUGAGAAGCCCAGUCUAUAGACCCACCAUGCCGGAAGAGGUUUCCAGACCAACAGCUUCAGGUCUGGUUCCCAUGGGAACAGAUGACCUGGGCUGCAGCUGUGAUGACAAGAACAAAGUGGAGGAGCUAAACCAGCGACUGAGGCAAGCUAUGGAUGACAGCAGGAACCUGCCAUACGGUCGACCUGCUGUACUCUUCCGUACCAAAUACUCCAUCCUCCACCACAGCGACUACAUCAGCGGCUACAGCGAGGCUCUCUCUAUGCCCCUCUGGACAUCGUACACUGUCAGCAGACAGGUUGAAGUGUCUCCUCUGCCUGAAGCUCUGUCCAACUGUGUGAGACCUGAUACCAGAGUCCCUCCAGCCUACAGCCAGUCUUGCACCAACUACAGAGCAGACAAACAGAUCACCUACGCCUUUCUGUACCCGCCACAAUUAUCCUCAACCAUAGACAAAAAAUAUGAUGCUGUCCUUAUCACCAACACCGUUCCCAUGUAUCCUGCAUUCAAGAGAAUAUGGGGCUACUUUCAGAGAGCGCUGGUGAAGAAAUAUGCCACUGAGAGAAACGGAGUUAAUGUACUCAUCGGACCCAUAUUUGACUACAACUAUGAUGGUGUCAGGGACUCAGCAGAGAAGAUUAAAGAGUAUGUCAGUGGGACAAUACCCAUCCCCACACACUACUUUGUGGUCCUCACCAGCUGCUUAGACUUCACACAGGCUGCAGACUCGUGCAGCGGCCCGCUCAGCAGCGCUGCCUUCAUCCUGCCGCACAGACCCAGCAACGAUGAGACCUGCAACAGCUCCGAGGAGGAGUCUCGCUGGGUGGAGGACUUGAUGAAGAUGCACACAGCUCGGGUCAGAGAUGUGGAGAUCUUGACGGGCCUGGAUCUGUACCGCAGAACCACCCGGAGCUACGCUGAGAUCCUCUCACUCAAAACCUACAUGCACACGUACGAGAGCGAGAUCUGAUCUUAACAUUGACGUACUGAUCUUUUUCAACCGUGGUGCAUGUAUGUGGUACAAGGAGGAGAUGUGAUCAUCUCUGUUACACUGACCUACACUAGCUUUAGCUCUCACUGGAUGCUAUGGCUGCCAUCUGCAACUGUUCUGCAGCAUCCAUCUUGUGGCCUUUUCACUGAGCAUUUGGUUUAAUCUCAUUCACUUCAUCCAUUUGUUAAGAUACAGCUUUAACAUGACUGAGCUAUUAGCUGAGGUGAGCUGCUCACUGUAGCAGUAGCAAAGCAGAACAGUUCCUCUGCUCUCUGGGUUAUUGUUUCACAAUCGAAUUCAAAUGAAUUACAGCUCAGAUUCUAUUAAUAAAAGGAACCUCCACAGUUCCUAAAACACAGUGCUUGGUUUAUCUUAUUUUAAUGUACAGCUUCAAGCAAAAUAAAAGGGUUAUAUCAAGGGUUCAGAUUAAAUCUGUAGCAGUCAUUUUGUGCCACAUUUUUAUCAGAGAGGUCAUCGAGGUUCAUUCUAAUCUGCCCUGUAGAAUUUCUACUGUUUCCCUUAAUCCCUCUCAUGACUUAGUGAAAAGUUUUAUCUCCAGCAGAGCGAACAGAUAACGUGUCAGGGGGCCCAGGGGCAGAGUAUUUACUGACAGGUCCCUACUGAACCACCUACCUGUAUGCUGCUGCCCCCAAAGUUCUCAUCCAGUACAGUGCAGACCACACACACACAUCUGCAGGUUUCACUGCUCAGUAAUAUACUGGAAUAUUAUCUAAUAUUAUUUUGAGGCAGUUUGAUUAAACACAGCUUUAUAUGUGAAAAAUCAUCAUGGUAGCACAAUAUAAACUAAAAUAAUUACUCUGGAAAUGGUCCAAGAUCAUAUAAUAAUAAUGUAUUUUAGAGUUGCACAUUUCCUAACAAGUUCACAAUCAAUUUACCAAGAAGUAACUGACACACAGUGAACUUGGGUCUUUUGACCCCCCCUCCCCGAGGGCCAAGAGCCAACAGGACAGUUGCCCUGAAUACACAUUUAAUGUUUCAUCUGUAAGCAGUUUUACACAACUUCCAUAGUUAUUUACACAUGUCGCAAAUGUACCCUGAUAAUAUUUUCUACAGUACAGUAUUUCAUGUGUGAAAAAUAUUACAUGCUAAAGACUUAAAAAAUAUUUAACUGCACUACAAAGAAUCAACAGAAUCAGUUCCAGACACAACAAUCACAUCAGUAUUAAGGCAGGAUUGUUGAACUAGUGCAAUGAGCCCAUAUUCUCCUAUAUGAUGUGGACCCACUCUGUUUGACUUUACGUUGACUCAUUAUACUACGUCUGCUUUGAGUUUCAUGCUACACUCAGAGAUCAAGAAGGCAUGUUUGACAUGGAAUAAUAAUGCAAUGUGUUUGUGUGUGUAAGGUGAAGUCAAGACAUUUGUUUGUUUGUUUGUGUGUGUGUGUGUGUGUGUGUGUGUGUGUGUGUGUGUGUGUGUGUGUGUGUGUGUGUUGUGGUGACAUUUUGUUCUGUGCACAAUAACAAUAAUGUCAAUGAUGAUGAUCUAUUAUCAUGUUUUCCCUAAAACAUCUACCACCUGUGACUGUCCUAUUUAUGCUUUAUGUAAAUU